UUCCCUUGCAAAUCCCACCUCCUAAUGGUCAAUUCAGUCGACCUGAGAUUUUCCUGCGAAGAGAGGGAUAAGUCGACACGCUUCAAUCCCUUUUCUUGCCUCUGAAGUCUGCCGCAUCAAAGACUUGCAGUGCAAUGGAAGAAGGAGCGCCCAAUCUCAUCGUCUUCUCCAACUAUAAAACGCAGUCACAAGCCCGACGUUUCCUUUACUCGUCAAUCCUCUGGUUCAGAAUGAAGUCCUGGGACCUCGUCUCGUCUUUCUCUCUCUUCCUGACCGGUCUCCUGUUGUCAUCCGGGAAUGCUGUGUCGGCAGAACAAGUGGCCUUCUAUAUCCACAACAAAUGCCCGUUUCCCAUAUGGCCAGCCACGGCUCCCAACACGGGCCAACCAGUGAUCGCGGACGGAGGCUUUUACCUCCCGCCGGGAUCCACCAAAUGCGUCUUGGCCCCGCUGGGGUGGACCGGUAGGAUCUGGGCCCGCACCGGGUGCAGGUUCGAGUCCAACUGGCCGCGGGCCUGCGAGACCGGGGACUGCGACGGGCGGCUCGCCUGCGGCGGGCUCAUCGGGACCCCUCCCGCCACGUUGGUCCAGGUCUCGCUCCAAGCGGACAAGGCCAAGUCGAGCUUCUACGACGUCAGCCUAGUCGACGGGUACAACAUCCCUGUCUCGGUCCAGUCGAGGCCUGUGUGGCCCAAGUGCGGCAUCCCAGGGUGCACGAAGAACUUGAAUGGCAUUUGUCCUGAGGAGUUGCAAGUGGUGAAUGGGGAAGGGGAGAUUGUGGCUUGCAAGAGCGCCUGUUUGGCAUUCGACGCCGACAAGUUCUGCUGUCGGAACGAGUAUGGGACGCCGAACAAGUGCAAGCCGAGCGUGUAUUCUAAGAUGUUCAAGGAUGCCUGUCCGGGUUACUAUAGUUACGCCUUCGACUCGCCCCCGCCGCCGGCCACUUGUGUCUCCAAGGAGUAUGUGAUUACCUUUUGUCCCAGCACUUGGGGCGCCGAGCAAGUGCAAGGGUCGAACCAUACCACUUCAUAGACUAGCGAUUGGACAAUCAAUAGCAAGGUCAAUGACAUUAGUGGACAUGAAAAAGUUAUUCAAUUUGAUUUUGGGCG